UACUCCCCCCCUUUUCCCCUCAACUUUUCACUGGAGGGUUUCCUUGCGUCGGCAAGAAGGCGGCCGAAGAGCAAUUCAUUUCCUGGAUUUUCUUUUGGUUUAACUACCAAAAGUAACUGCUUUUUUAACUAAAACUUUUCCUGGCAAUUUGAGUUUUUGAUAAAGAAAAAUCUAUCUGACGGAAAUCACAUUCCAUAGGCAUAUAUACUAUGUGUCUAUUCAACUAUGGAACUAGGAAUGACGCAGCAGGUGCAAAGGCCAUUAGCCAAAUUGUUAAAUUCCUCGGUGUUGAAACGUGAUAUGUUUUAAUGUAGAAUUCAAUUGUGAAAAAAUGGGAGUACCUGUCAGGCAGUUAUAAGUUAUAAAAGGUGAUUACUGGUCGUUAGGAUGAACCACUCUGACCCGAAUGGCUACGAACCCAACUGUACUCUGGCCGACCUCGCGGCUUAUGAAUUCAACGAAUCGGAGUGGGACUCGUUAGGAAAUUGGACAGUCGAAGAGGAAGCCAAUUUUAUGAACUGCUCAUACCUGCAGCACAUCGUCAACAUUAACUGCUCCAACGGGGACUAUCUGUGCAGGUGUACGAAAGACGUGUACACCCAUUACUGCUCCGGCACCCCAGAAUACUACUCCUACGUGUACCGAAUCAUCGGCACGCUCUUCCAGGGCAUCAUCUUCAUCAUCGGAGUCAUCGGGAAUGUGAUGGUGGUGAUCGUGGUGGCGAGGAACAAGAACAUGGCCACACCCACCAACUGCUACUUGGUGAGCCUGGCCAUCGCUGACUGCGCCGUCCUCAUCGCUGCUGUCCCGCAAGAGAUCGUCAGCUACUACCUCAUCGGCAACCACUGGAUCUGGGGCCACGUCGGCUGCGCCAUCAUGAUUUUCCUGCAAAAUCUAGGCAUCAACGCCAGUUCGCUGAGCCUGACGGCCUUCACGGUGGAGCGGUACAUCGCCAUAUGUCACCCGAUGAAAGCCCAGACCGUCUGCACGGUGGAACGGGCCAAGAAAAUAACAUUGGUGGUGUGGGUGUUCGCUGUGUGUUACUGCUCCCCGUGGCUCUACUUGACUACCGUCGUCCCACUGGCCUAUGCUGUCGACUACCCCACGCAGGAAUGUACCUUCAAGCUCUCUAGAGACCAGUACUUCCUCUACUACUUUCUAGACAUCAUCGUUUUCUACGUGGUGCCUCUAUUGCUGUCUUGCGUACUCUAUUCCCUAAUAGCCAGGAUACUCUUCACGUCUCAAGUGCCCAAGAACCCGACGGUCAACGGCCACCAUAAUAAGAAAAGAGUCAACUCUCCACGCGUUCAG